AUGAAUUUUGCCAUUGUUGCAACUGGUUUGCCUCUUGCACCCGAUCAGAUUCUCUCCAUGGCGCCCGGACUGCCCGGCCUCAGCAUCCUCCCUUUUGCAGUGGCGGCCUACGACCUCAGUGCCAGCCGGAUGGCCUUCUACGAAGCGGCCCGACAUGAUGAAUUUCUCUUCAUAUCCGGUACCAAAAUGCGCUCCUUAGCCAAAGAAGGCAACUCGCCGCCUGACGGUUUCAUGUCGCCCAAAGCCUGGCAGGUGUUGGCCAUGUUCUACAAAGAGCUGGGUUCGAGGCCCACUUAA